CUAUUUGGCUCCACUCCCACCGAACAUCCACCACGACGCUCCGAGUCGGCCUCAGACCAACCACAGAGUUACACUCUAUCCCGCCAGGUCUUCGUUCCUUUCCUCUGGCAAGGUUUUACUACGGCACUGACGGCUGAUUUCUUCGUUAUACCUGCCCCCCAUGUCGUACGACGAGCGCCAGAAUGCGCGCCCAAACCUGGGCGACGAGUCCGAUGUCGAAGAGGAGGCUCUGGUCAACGAUUACCGAGAACAGGUACACUUUGACGAUGGAAUGAGCGAACUCGACCGCACUACUUCUCUCGGGGCUGCGUCUGUUACCCAGGAUCUUCAGGCACAGCUUGCUGCCGCCGCCACCCCGCUCGAAUACCAGGCGACCUUGGAGACAAAAUUUGCAAGCUACGAUAACUACUGCAGUCUUUUCCAUUACAUCUUGAACUCGGAAGGGCCAGUUGAUUUGGAAGUUCCUUCGUACUACUGGGCUUGGGAUGUCAUCGAUGAGUUCAUUUAUCAAUUCGAAUCUUUCUGCCGUUAUCGCAACCGUGUCGCACGAAGCGGUUCCAACGAGGAGGAGGCCCAACUUCUCCGAGAAAACCCGAAUACUUGGGGUUGCUACUCAGUCUUGAACGUGCUUUACUCUUUGAUUCAGCGAUCACAAAUAAAUGAGCAACUUGCUGCAAUCAAGCGAGGUGAUGAUCCGGUAGCUGUGGCUGGAGAGUAUGGCACGCGCCCUCUCUACAAGAUGCUGGGUUAUUUCUCCAUCAUUGGAUUGCUGCGAGUCCACUGCUUGUUGGGCGACUUCAGUCUCGCUUUGAAGACGCUGGACGAUAUAGAGAUGAACAAAAAGGCCAUGUUCGCCCGUGUCAUGGCAGCUCACUUCACCACAUACUACUAUGUUGGCUUUUCCUACAUGAUGAUGCGCCGCUAUGCCGAUGCCAUCCGUAUGUUCAGUCACAUCCUUGUCUAUGUGUCGCGAACAAAGAAUUUCCAAAAGGGAAGCAACCAAUAUGAUGCCAUCACAAAGAAGAACGAUCAAAUGUAUGCAUUGAUUGCCAUCUGUGUUGCCUUCCACCCCACUCGUCUAGACGACACCAUCCACACUGCUCUCCGCGAAAAGUACGGUGAACAAUUCCAUCGGCUGCAGCGCGGUGGUCCUGAGGCGCUACCUCUAUUCGAGGAACUUUUCCGCUCUGCCUGCCCCAAGUUUAUCAACCCUACUCCUCCUGAUUUCGACAACCCUUCUGUCAACGUCGACCCCGUUGAUCACCAUACCGCCAUCUUCAUGGACGAGGUGAAGAACACUCUCUUUAACCCCACCGUCAAAUCCUACCUGAAGCUGUACACGACGAUGGACUUGAGCAAGCUUGCUGGUUUCCUGGACGUCGAGCCUGAGAAACUGCGGUCAUGGCUUCUUAUCAACAAGCAGCGCAGCCGCCAAAUCCGCUGGGUUGAGGGCGGUCUUUUGGAAGGCGAGCCCAUCAACGCGAGUGAUUUGGACUAUGCCAUCGAAGGCGACCUCAUUCACAUCAGCGAGGCCAAGGCCGGUAGAAGACUUGUUGACUGGUACCUGCGCAACCUUGCUCGUACUUACUAGAGUCUAACUCUUCAAUUCUCUUUUUCCUUUUUCUCCUUUUUUUAUAUGUUCUACCGGCUUUCUUUGUUUCUCUUUAGGAGUCGGCGUACCUGCAUAUAUUUGUAAUGUUAUUAGGAAAGUCUUCUUCUUUCCCUUCUUUGCGGCAAUAACCUUACGCAUAAGCAUGUCGAUAGCAUAAAUCGAUUAUCGGUGAUACACUGUCCAAAGGUCUCUGAAGGCACGAUCAAAAAAUGGGAGCUUGGUUUCAUGAAACUAUUUGGCGCUAUUUAGGGGAAUUUGAAUUUCGAUGGGUUGGUGGAAGGGGUCUCGCCUGAUGCAAGAUCAGGAAACAAAAGAGAAGAUAAAACGCCGCAGAGAGGUUACUCUAUGCGAUAUGAUGCAAUGAGAACGGAAAGCCUGAGUCAUGAGCAUCGAUUGAUAGAAAGAAUGAUACUCAUUUAUACCAAG